GAUGUUAUUUUGUUUGUUUUAGGAACACAUUGUUAGUAUCUUACUGAGGGCUGGGAGAAGAGAACCAAAUGUUAAAGCUAGGUGUAUAGCUCUAUCAGCUCUGGGAAUAUUUGUAUACAAAGAGCUGAACAAUCGAACCUUUCAUCCUAAGGUGUCUGAUGCCAUCAAUGUUUUACUAGCGGCUCUUAAGAUCAACAGCAAAGUCAUUGCUCAGCUAUCCAGCAACAUAUUAUUCCUCUUAUGUGAUCACGCUCCACUUUUGUGGACUCAGUACCCCCGUCUGGGAAAUGCAGUCAUUUCGACUCUGUGUUCUGCCUUGUUUUUGCACACUCCAUUGGGAAAAACUGCAGGAGAGAGUGACAAAGCUUUGGGGACAGCUCUUCUUCUAUGUCUGGGAGAAUGGUGCAUGAAACUGGGACCUCUAAGUUUGAUGGAAGUUUCAGAAUAUGGAGAAAGCAGAGGCACGUGUCUUCUUCUGCAAGUAUUUACAGUUCUACAUAAGAUAAUUUUGGGCAGAGCCUCAACAGAUAAUGCUGGCAGUCUCGCCCAACCCAACUUGAGUGAUGAUUCCGAUCAUAAUCUCCUCGCAGACGAUUUCGACAUAUCCGCCUCCUUUUCACCAUCCAAAACCAACCAGUGUCAGCAAGCAAUCGUAUUGUGCGCCAAAACUGUACUUGCUCAUCUAGUCACCCAUCUUGGCCAUUUUCCUAUGGCUAUAGGAGCUGCAAGGCUCAGUUCACUUGUAGCAGAACACGAUGACGUGCCCAACCUCACAUCUGACGAACUGUCUUCUAGCAUUUUUUCUGCACCGAACAUUCAGAUGUUCAUACUUUCGAGGAGCGUUAUCGCCAGCUUGAUAGAGCUUCCUGCAUUAGAUCUACCUGGAGGUGGAGUAACAGCUGGUCUUUCGACUGCUGACAAACAAGUAAGGGUACUCUUGAGAGAUCUUUCAGGAAAAUCUAGUUGGGAUGCCUCUAUUCUGUACCGCACACCUGAAAACGUGAGGCAAACUGAACAGAGAGAUGUGAUGCCACCUGUAGUUGUCAAGGAGAAUAUUGAGAAGUAUUGUCAACCGGAAAGUUUGAUGAUCAGCAGUCCUUUGCACACUCUGCCACAGAGGGCAAUGAGACAUAGGCCACCAAAUAUUUUGCCUGAGAUUUCAAAUGCCGCUCCUGAUUUGGAUCAGCUGGAUGAUGUGAAUUUGCCUGUGAUAAGAAAACCUGAAAGUGAAAAUGAAUUUGUACAUUGUCGAGUAACUUUGAUAUUGUGGGUGAUAAAUCACUUGCAUCAAACUAGAAAAACACACGAUUCCAUUGGAGGGCACUCUUCAAUCUAUUCUCCUUCGCAACAGUCACAACUCACACAUGAAGAGGAAUCUCAGCAAGAUUCGUCACAUCCUAGCUUAGACUCGACUCUAUCCGUCCAAACAAACCGAACGACAAGCGAUGAAGACCUGGCCCCACAAAUUGUUCGGGAAGUAUUGUACAGUUCCAGAGAAAACGUUAAUUUUAUCCAUGAACUCUGUCGCCAAGCUUUUCUACUGAAUUUUACGCACGUGGUAGCCAUCAGAAAAAUUAUAGGGUUGUACAAAGAUCUGAUCCAGGGAAACAUGGCGGAAAUUCCACCUUAUGCAUUGGAACUACCUGAGGAUGCACCACGGGUUCCUAACGAAGAAAUUACACCCGAGACUAAUAGGCCGGCUAGACUCAGAAAUGAUUCUUAUUUGGGAGCUAUCCAUAAAGAGAAUCUGUUAGUCAGGGCUGGUAUGCAGAAUUUGCUCCAGUUGUUCAUGACACAAGCUGGAAAUGUUUUCCUGUUGGAAAUAAAUCCUCAUAUACCCAAGGUACUUGAAGAACAGACCGAUGCUUGUAAAAGAGUACUGAACAUCUAUCGCUACAUGGUUAUGAACACAAGAAUGGACAACAGUACAUGGGAACAGUUGUUGCUUGUUCUUCUUCAAAUAACAUCGCUUGUACUGGGAGAAACUCCUCCAAAAAAGAAGGUUUCCACCCUAGGCGGCAAGCUUGCCCCAGCCAUAUUUCAAACAUUGAUAGUCACUUGGAUUAAGGCAAAUCUCAAUGUAUUGAUUACCCGAGAGUUGUGGGACAGAUUUCUGCAUGUCUUGAUGUCUUUGACCAGCUGGGAAGAGCUGAUAAAGGAGUGGGCUAAAACGCUGGAAACCCUCACCAGAGUUCUAGCCCGCCACGUUUACAAUCUGGACUUGAAUGACCUACCGCUGGAUCGUUUAAUUGAGCACAAGUCUAAGAGAGGAGGCAGAAGAGGUCCCAGUAGGCCAGAAAAUAGUACUCCUUGCAGUAUAAGUGAUAGUAACCAUACAGCUAUUUGCAGACAAGAUUCAAGUUUGCCAGAUGGUCAUAUGUCAAAACGUACUAAA